AAAAACUAAAAUAUUUCAUUUAUUUUAUUUUUAAUAUUUUAACCAACAGGAAUAUAAUAUACCCUGGGAGGAGGGAGGGGAAUUGGGUGUGUCUGUGUCGUAUAUAGAGAGUUUCGCAAUAAAAAGGUUAAGCUCUCUCCAGCGGUCUCUUAAAGCCUCCACUCCACAACCGAAAAAGAGAAUUCUAGAAUCGCAAAAGCCCACCUCUUCUGCUUCUUUGGGUUUUCUGAGGUGACUGAUACUUCUGUAAGAAGUACACCGAUUUAUCGAUUAAAUCGGUAAUAAUUUGGUGAAAAUGAGCGUGGUUGGAUUUGAUUUAGGCAAUGAGAGCUGCAUUGUUGCAGUUGCAAGGCAAAGAGGGAUUGAUGUUGUACUUAAUGAUGAAUCUAAGCGUGAAACUCCUGCUAUUGUGUGCUUUGGUGAGAAGCAGCGGUUCAUUGGGACUGCAGGGGCAGCCUCAACUAUGAUGAACCCCAAAAACUCUAUAUCUCAGAUUAAGCGGCUAGUUGGCCGCCAAUUCUCUGAUCCUGAGUUGCAAAAGGAUCUCAAGUCAUUGCCGUUUGCUGUCACUGAAGGUCCUGAUGGGUUCCCUUUGAUUCAUGCACGGUAUUUGGGUGAAAUGAGGACAUUUACACCAACCCAAGUUCUUGGAAUGGUUUUGUCUGAUUUGAAAGGCAUAGCUGAGAAGAAUCUGAACGCUGCAGUGGUGGAUUGCUGCAUUGGAAUUCCAGCUUAUUUCACUGACCUUCAAAGAAGGGCUGUUAUGGAUGCAGCCACAAUUGCAGGACUGCAUCCUCUCCGUUUGUUUCACGAAACCACAGCUACAGCACUGGCAUAUGGUAUUUACAAGACUGAUUUACCUGAGAAUGACCAAUUAAAUGUUGCUUUUGUCGACAUUGGACAUGCAAGCAUGCAAGUGUGCAUUGCUGGAUUCAAAAAAGGUCAACUCAAAAUAUUGGCUCAUGCUUAUGAUCGAUCUUUGGGUGGUAGAGAUUUUGAUGAGGUUUUGUUUCACCACUUUGCUGCAAAGUUCAAGGAUGAUUAUAAAAUUGAUGUUUUCCAAAAUGCUAGGGCUUGUCUUAGGCUUAGGGCUGCUUGUGAGAAGCUGAAGAAGGUUCUUAGUGCCAACCCAGAGGCUCCUCUGAAUAUUGAAUGCUUAAUGGAAGAGAAGGAUGUUAGAAGCUUUAUUAAGAGGGAUGAAUUCGAACAGAUUAGUAUUCCAAUCUUGGAACGUGUUAAGAAGCCUCUGGAGAAGGCACUUCAAGAUGCUAAGCUAACAAUUGAAAAUGUUCACAUGGUUGAGGUUGUUGGUUCUGGUUCUCGUGUGCCUGCUAUAAUCAAGAUAUUGACCGAGUUCUUUGGAAAAGAGCCUAGGCGUACAAUGAAUGCCAGUGAGUGUGUUGCUAGAGGUUGCGCCUUGCAAUGUGCUAUUCUCAGUCCCACAUUCAAAGUCAGGGAAUUCCAGGUCAAUGAGAGCUUCCCUUUUUCUAUUGCUUUAUCAUGGAAAGGUGCUGCUCCAGAUGCCCAGAGUGGGGCAGCAGAUAAUCAGCAGAGCACUAUUGUCUUCCCAAAAGGAAAUCCCAUACCUAGCGUCAAGGCUUUGACAUUUUACAGGUCAGGGACUUUCACUGUAGAUGUACAAUAUGCUGAUGUGAGCGAACUGCAGGUCCCUGCUAGGAUCAGUACAUAUACGAUCGGUCCUUUCCAGUCUUCAACAAGUGAGCGAGCCAAAGUAAAGGUUAAAGCUCGCCUGAAUCUGCAUGGGAUUGUGUCUGUUGACUCUGCAACGCUUUUGGAGGAAGAGGAAGUUGAAGUACCUGUCUCAAAAGAACCAUCAAAGGAAGCUGCCAAGAUGGAAACUGAUGAAACUUCCACUGAUGCUGCUCCUCCCAAUUCUAGUGAGGCUGAUGUCAAUAUGCAAGACGCCAAAACUGCUGAAGCUUCUGGGGCCGAAAAUGGUGUUCCUGAGUCGGGGGACAAGCCUGCUCAGAUGGAAACAGAUACCAAAGUUGAGGCUCCAAAGAAGAAAGUAAAGAAGACGAACAUACCUGUGGCAGAGCUUGUUUACGGUGGAAUGUCGCCGGCAGAUGUGCAGAAAGCAUUGGAAAAGGAAUUUGAAAUGGCAUUGCAAGAUAGGGUUAUGGAAGAAACCAAAGACAAGAAAAAUGCUGUUGAAGCCUAUGUCUAUGAUAUGAGGAACAAGCUUAGUGACAAAUUUCAGGAGUUCGUCACUGAUUCAGAGAGGGAAGACUUCACAGCCAAACUGCAGGAGGUUGAAGAUUGGUUGUAUGAAGAUGGCGAAGAUGAAACCAAAGGUGUUUACAUUGCCAAGCUUGAAGAGCUUAAAAAGCAAGGUGAUCCAAUUGAAGAGCGCUAUAAGGAGUACACGGAGAGGGGAUCUGUUAUUGAGCAAUUUAUUUAUUGUGUUAAGAGUUAUAGGGAUGCAGCAAUGUCGAAUGACCCCAAAUUUGACCACAUUGACUUGGCUGAAAAGCAGAAGGUACUGAAUGAGUGCGUGGAAGCAGAAGCUUGGUUAAGAGAAAAAAGGCAGCAACAGGAUUUGCUUCAUAAAUAUGCCAGUCCAGUUCUCUUGUCAGCUGAUGUGAGAAAGAAGGCAGAAAUAGUUGACAGGACCUGUAGGCCGAUAAUGACAAAACCAAAACCAGCUAAACCAGCAACUCCUGAAACACCAGCAACGCCUCCACCUCAGGGAAGUGAACAGCAGCCACAAGGUGGAGACUCUGCUGCUGGUGCCAAUGAGAAUACAGGAACUGGCAGUGGUGAAGUUCCACCAGCUUCUGGAGAAGCAAUGGAGACUGACAAGCCCGACUCCAGUGCCGCAUAAUUCUUCAUUCAGCAGCAGAACGAGCCGAGCCGUUUUUAGUUGAAAUAUCUGGUUCCUUAAUGUAUAAGGACUAUUUGAGCUUGAACUCUUAUGGGGGCUGGCAUGAGGGAGGCAUGUGGAAUUUGAGGACACUUACAUCUCAUCUGUAAAGCCUUUUUCUGUUGGAUGGUCUGCAAAAUUUUAUAUUUAUCAAUCGAGUCUCUAGAAUCCGGUUUUUUCAAAAGAUGGGUUUUUAAAGAGAGAGGAAGACUUUUUUUUGUUCUUUUUUUUUUUCAGAGUCCAACCCGAGUUCUGGUAUCGGGUGGAAAAUUCACACUUUGAAUGAUUCAAUGUUCAUCUUUUUGAUCUGUAGGAUAUGCUCGGUCUACCAAUGUCAUUUUGGUCUUGAUUUUGGUGUUUCUUCUUUACAAAUGAAGUUUUUUCUUUUAUUUCCAAAA